UUGGUCAUCCGCGUUGCGACUCAAGCUUGGAAAACGUCUUCUUCUCCGCUCAAAAUAAAACCCUAAAUAUUUCCACCUUCCAAAGAUGGACACGUGGCAGCAGCCCACAUUGGCGCCAUGGAUUUCCUUCGUCUCUUAAAGCAGCGGCGACACACAUCGAAGCUUCUCUCUCUCUCUACUCUCUCUCUCUCUAGCCCGGGCACACGUUCCUUACCUAUCUCUGUUUCUUUCUCAUGUUGGGUGAUCUCUUUUGCUUUUCCAUGUGCUUCUCUCUCUAGUUUGGGGUAGUUUCUUCUUGCUUUUUCGAAGAAAAGCACCAUUGUUGAAAUGGGUUCUAACUCAUUUUUUUGUAGCAGCGAUGAGGCUGCAGUUGCAGAGAUUCUGGUGGAUUUCAUUCACCAUUUGUGGGGUGAGAGAAAGAAGAGCCAUAAUCAUGCUGGAAAGCAGUCGUGGUUUUGUUGGGGCGCUAAAAAGCGGCGCUCUGCACUUUCUUUCUCUACUGAUUCUUCUUCCCCUCUGCGCUACUGUAAUGGUUGGGAAGGGUCUUCUCAGAGGAUGAAGAUACGGAGCCCUUCGAGCCCGCUCUCUCCUCCACUUUCUCUCUCUCAAAGUGGGAGUGAGACCGUUGAUGCAGGGUUCGCUCCUUUGAAACCCAAGCGACCAAGGAAGAGAGGAUCUAAGAAGAAGUCUCACAAGGAGUUGAAGGAGAUGGUGGCCCAGUUAUUGGCAGAGCAGCAAAAACUCAAACUGGAUAUUGUGAAAUUCAAAGAACUUAGUGAGAGGUUAAGCCGUUUGAAUUCACAGCUGAAAGAUUGGCAUACAGGGGUGAGCAAGUUUGAACCUGAAGGACUCUCGACCAUGGAGCCUGAACCCGAAGCACUCUUCAGCAUGGAUUUGAAUUCAUGUAGAGGCCUUGAUGUUGCCGAAGAAUUAGAGGCCUCUGUCAUGGACCCGUCGUCAUCAUCAUCUCACUUACAUCUAUUUCCAAUGGAUAACCACAUCACUGAGGCCAAGCCUAUUGAGAGGCCAGCCUCCCCUGUUUCUUCCUCGCUAGAGGAGAAGAGCUUUUGUGGCUCAAGGCCUGAGAAAAUGCUCUGCAAUUUCGCUGGACGAGAAAUUAACACUGUUGCAGAUGAAACUCUCAGUCUUAACAUUAGUUUCCAUUACUUGGAGGUAACAAACAAGGCAGCCAUUGCCGCUCAGGCGAGGAGGAGAAGGAUUGAUAUCAACAGAGUAAAGAAUUCGUUGAGCCAAAAGCCUCGUUCGAGGUGAUAUAAGUGUGCCCAUUUUAUUUUCUACCUAUUCUUCCUUUUCUUAUAUGUUUAUCUGAUCAAGAAGGUAGGCUUCUAUCAUACAUUUAUCUGAUCAAGAAGAAAGGUUUGUAGUUGAUGCUUUCACAGGGUCACCAAGUAGGGGUAGAAUUAGCCCUCAAAUGAGGAUUUCAGAGGUGAGGAUCAUUCUUUGCGGUUCUUCUUUCUAUUUGAUGCUAAAUGUAUCAGUUCAUUAUAAACAACUUUUGUGCUCCAUGGUUAUUAGUUGGCAAGCAUUUUGCUUUUUCAUCUUU